ACACGAUUCCAGGUUAAGGUGGGGCAGGGAGAGAGAGAACAUGAGCAGCAAGAAAGACAACACACAGACGAGGAAGAGGCUGCUCCAUCACCCCGCAUCCAGACACUCACACCCAGUAUGAACAUGUCCAGCAGUUCUGCUCUGAUCCAGCAGAUCUAUCCCUUCCACGAUGGCUGGAAUAUUGCCUGCUUCAUCAUCCUGCUCCUCUUCAUCCUCACCAUCCUCUCCCUCGCCACACUGGCUUUCCUCUAUGAGCUGCUGGACUGCGGAUGCUUCACCAAAACCAAAACCGUUCGUGACCUGCGCCGCCAGAGCGACGAGGUGGUUUAGUUGUAACCAUGGUGACAGCGGACACGGUCGCCAUAGGAACCCCAACAGCAGAUCGGUGGAAAAGGCUGCAGAUUUGGACAGAGCUCGUCGCCAGAUUGGAGUCCCAUAAAACACGCCAGACACAUACAGAGACAGAAGCACUCUACUCCCACUAGCUCCAACAGCACAGGUGUCUCCAUGGCUUAAAAUCUUAGAUGAGAUUUACACCAGAAAGAGAGGGAAAAACUAGCUUGUAUGUGCACGUCAUUGUCUCCUCUGCAUUCAGUAUUCCAGUACAAUUGUGUAAUGACUAUAUAAAACUGUUGAAUUUUU